GCGGCUCACGUGCGCCUCCUCCCUGUGACUGGGAAAGUGCGACGCCAUCUUGUGGUUGAACGAUUGGCGCCAGGCGCGGGAUUGUGCUGAGAAGAGGCAGAGAGAGAAAGAGUUCUGUUGUUGCUGCUGGUGGCAGUUGGGUGUUGGCGUGACAGCUGGAAGAGAAGCAGAAUGGAUGCCCAGAAACACUUAGAGAUGAACAAAGGAGUCUACGUGGGCAAUCUGCCGCAUGACACCACUGAGGAGGAAAUUCGUGCUCUCUUCAAAGACUUCCAGCCAAUCAGCAUCAAAAAACAUCUGCGUGACAUAAAAUGCUUUGCCUUUGUGGGGUUCCCGUCCCCCAAGGAAACACAACAGGCCAUAGACAAGAUGCAGAGGACAGUGGUCAAAGGACGAACCCUGUUACUGAAGCCGAUUAUCCCGCAGGACGAGGGCAGGAAAACCGACGUUCCCAACAAGCAGCGGGCUGCAGAGGGCCGAGCCAAGAAAGAGAGUGACGAGCGGAACAGGGAUGAAGAAUCGGGGGAAGGGCUAUAUGUAUGUAACCUCCCACAGGACAUCACACAGGAGGAAAUCCUCGCUCUCUUCAGGGAGUUCCACCCACUCGAUGUCAUUAAGCAUCAGCGGGAACAGAGAUGCUACGCAUUUGUGACCUUCCCGUCCCCACAGGAAACACAGCGGGCUCUAACCAAGGGCCCAAGGAUCUUGUACAAAGGUCGGACCCUCUUCUUGAAGCCGAAUUUGGCACCGGCCAACGGCAGGAAACCAGAGGCUGCCACCAAAUCACAGGCUGCAGAAACCAAGCCCAUGAUAGAGAAUAGCCAGCGCUACAGGACUGAAGAUACCAAGGCUACAGGACAGAUUUACAUUGGGAAUCUCCCAUAUGACAUUACAGAGAAGGAGCUGCAGGAGCUGCUGAGGGAAUAUGAGCCGGAGAACAUUCGCAAAAUGCAGAAGGAUAUCAAAUGUUUUGCUUUUGUGAACCUGAGCUCCGCGGAGAAGAUCCAUUCUGCUGUCGGCAAGAUCCAUGGCGCCAUACUGAAGGGGCGGAGACUUCUGUGCAAAGUAAAUACCAUCCCCGGCGAGGGAAACCGGAAACCAGACGAAGGUUCCCAAAUUCUCCCGGAACUGCCGGAGCUGGAGGAGGUCACUGAUAAAGACCAGGCCAAUCAGAUCAGUGCAAAUGGCACUGGGGAUCAACUUGCCUUGGCAGCUGCAACACAGAGGGAAGUGCGAGUGAGGAAUCUGCCUGACCAUGCAACUGAGGAGGAAUUAUGUUUCUCUGUGCCCUUUAAUCCCCUGCGCUUGUACAAAGAGAAGCUCAGCGACUCCUGGGCGGCAGUUGUGGAGUGUGGCUCCUCUCAUGAUGUUUCCCAGGUAGUGGAACAGUUAAACAGCAGGACAAUUAAGGAGAGGCAGUUAAGUUUGGAGGCCGAGGAACAGGAGGCUGAUAAUCUGUUCAGCUCAAUGCCGGAACUGGAGCCUGUGCCCCCACAUGAAUUAAAUGGAUGCACUAAUGGGCCCCCUCCCGAUGUCUCCAGUACCCAGAAGUCUGUCUAUGCUGUGCCAGUAGAGAUGAGGUGCAUGCUCCUCUCCCAUAUGCUGAAGGACUGCUUCCAGAAGCUCAGCUGGCUGGCGGCCAUCAUGAAAGUGAGCGGAGAGGUGGAUCUUCUGGUGACUAACGUGAUACCCCAGACUCCCUACUUCUGGGCCGUUCUCCUGACAAAGGAGAUAUGUAUCAACAUGGCCAGUCUGUCCCGGGAUUUGGCAGAGGUGGAGCCCCGGCUUCCUUUCCUGACCGAGGAGGCGGUGCAUAGAGGGAGGCGGUGCUUAGCUCAGAUACCCCCUAGUAAUGGGGAGGAAGCAGUGUGGAACAGGGCCUGGGUUUAUGAUGUCAUAUUCGAUCUCGCCGUCGUCUUCAUGUUGGAUUACGGCCUGACUGCCAACGUCCCUGUCCGUUCCCUGCGGCCAUUGGAUGACGCCCAUUUCUGGGUCACUCCCCCGCUGGCCCAGCCUUUUUUUCUACAGGAAGGCCACGCCUCCCCCGAGAUGCUCAGAAGCGUCGUCCGAGGGCAAAUCACUGGAUUCUGCAGUAUUGAGCGCCAAAUCCUCAUGUUCUCCAGACGCACCAAUGAGGAGUGAGUGUGGAAGCCCCGCCCCCUGUUCCAGCGGCUUCUGUCCUUACCGUUUAUAGCCGGGUGCAUUGAUUUCAGUUCACAUUUCUAGUAUUUCGUUGCAAAAUGAUAAUUAAUUAAAAUAUAUGGGGAAAUGGCUGGUGGCAGCUGAUUGGCUGAGCCGCCCUGAGACGUUUGUUUAGUUCCAUGUGUUUCAUUAUAUCAAUUUCCCUCUGCA